GGGGGCAGGGGUUUUGCGAUGAUGCGGCGGGCAUGGGCGGCCGUGCGGUGUCUGGUCCAGAUGUCGUUCGUUCAUCGACUUGAUUCUCGUCCUGCCCCUAUCGCGGUGGGCCUUCUCGGAGAAAAAGUAAGAGAGGGAGAGGGAGUCUUGGUACUUGCCAUACCGGGCGAAAGCUAGGGUGGUUGACGAUGUACCAGGACGGACUCGGACGUUCGACUGGGCGGCGGAAAUGCUAAGCUAACUCGUGCAGAAGCUGUAUAUCAGCCAGUUGCAAGACGCACUGGUCGCGUUUCAGGUUUCAGGUUUCGGUUUCGGAGAGAAAGGGGGGUUGGGCAGCUUGAGGCUUUUUGAAGAAUCGUGUUGUCCGUUGAGCGCGAUUCUGAUUCUGAUAUCUGCUUCUCCAUCGACACUCCCCGCAGUAUUAACGUUUGUAUCGCAUCACGCACCCCGUCCUUCUCUCGAGCUUCCGAGUGUGCCAUCCGGGUGCAGAGACCACAUGAUGGUACUAUAAUAGCAAGCUUCUUGGCCUUUGACCUGUGUCGCGCAAAUCAAAUCAAAUCAUAACAAAGUAAACUAAAAGUAAACGACAGUAGUAGCAUAAUGUAGGGACGUCAUUUACCCCGUGGCUCGGGCGAAGGCACGGGUGGUAUACCUGACACUUGGCCUCUCUCGGCGUUCUCUUUCGAGUUGCCAAAUAGAUAUUUCGCAAGAAAAAGUCAGUGGUAUGGUGUAUGUUGGUUCUGAGCUCUGGGGUACGUAACGGGGUACGACCGUCGGCUUGGUUGAUUUGGGGAUGGUCCACGGAGGGUUGUGGGGAGGUGAUUUGGUGUGUUGGGCUUGAGUGAGAGUUCGAUGUGGUGCUGAGUUUCUGCGUCUGUUUCUUAACUUGGGCGUCGAGUUGAGGCGUGCUCAGUCGAGUGCUCUGCGUUCAUGUCACGGCGUCAAGAUUGAACUGAUGAUAUGAUUCAUCCGCAUCUGAGGCAAUUUAGUGUAAGAUGAACCUGCAAUCCAUCACAGGACCUGUCCCCCCCUGAGCAGAUGACGUGGAAGGAAGACUGCGGGUGGGCGACACUGCAGAAGGGGUGUAGGAAGGAGAGUAGGACGGAGUUGGGGACGCCAAGUGUGAUAUCAGAUGAUGGUUGGGCUUAUGCACCGC